GGCGCGCGAGACACAGCGGGCGCGCGGGCCGGCCCCGGGGCCUCCAUGAUGGAGGAGCGAGCGGCCGCCGCGGUCGCCGCUGCAGCCUCCUCCUGCCGCCCGCUCGGCUCCGCGACGGGUCCCGGCCCGACUGGGACGGUCCCAGUCUCAGGCCCUGUCCCCGGGCCCAGCCCGGCAGGAAAAGGGGGCGGCGGCGGAGGCAGCCCCGGGCCAGCAGGCGGCCCGGAGCCCCUGAGCCUGCCCGGGAUCCUGCACUUUAUCCAGCAUGAAUGGGCGCGUUUCGAGGCCGAAAAGGCUCGCUGGGAGGCUGAGCGCGCCGAGCUGCAGGCUCAGGUGGCCUUCCUUCAGGGAGAGCGGAAGGGGCAAGAGAACCUAAAGACAGACCUGGUGCGGCGGAUCAAGAUGUUAGAAUACGCGCUGAAGCAGGAAAGGGCCAAAUAUCAUAAACUGAAGUUUGGGACAGACCUGAACCAGGGAGAGAAGAAACCAGAUUUAUCAGAACAAGUUCCCAAUGGCCCUGUGGAGUCAGUCACCCUGGAGAGCAGCCCGCUGGUGUGGAAGGAGGGACGGCAGCUUCUCCGACAGUACCUGGAAGAGGUGGGCUACACGGACACCAUCCUCGACAUGCGAUCCAAGCGCGUGCGCUCCUUGCUUGGCCGCUCCCUGGAGCUCAAUGGGGCUGCUGAGCCGAGCGAGGGGCCCCCCAGGGUGGCACCUAGUCCUGGGAGUCUCAGUGGCGGCGAGUCCCUGUUGGUGAAACAGAUUGAGGAGCAGAUCAAGAGGAAUGCAGCAGGUAAAGAUGGCAAAGAGCGUCUGGGUGGCUCAGUGCUGGAGCAGAUCCCCUUCCUGCAAAACUGUGAGGAUGAGGACAGCGAUGAGGACGAUGAGCUUGACAAUGUGCAGCACAAGAAGCAGCGCGUGAAGCUCCCAUCCAAGGCCCUCGUGCCUGAGAUGGAGGAUGAGGAUGAGGAGGACGACUCCGAGGAUGCCAUCAACGAGUUUGAUUUCCUGGGCUCAGGAGAGGAUGGGGAGGGGUCUCCAGGCCCUCGGCGCUGUGCCACUGAGGGGAACCCCCAUGAGCUGGAGAGCCGCCGAGUCAAACUCCAGGGAAUUCUGGCUGACCUUCGGGACGUGGAUGGGCUGCCCCCUAAAGUGACAGGCCCAUCGCCUGGCACACCCCAGCCCCGGCCCCAUGAAGGUUCCUUUGGCUUCUCCUCAGACGUAUUCAUCAUGGACACUAUCGGGGGCGGGGAGGUGAGCCUGGGGGACUUGGCAGAUCUCACCGUCACCAACGACAACGACCUCAGCUGUGAUGAACUUAAUGAGUGGGCACAGGGACCCCACCAACCACAUGGGAAGAGGAGCAUCAGGGCCGGAGCCACAGUCUGGCUGUCUGACAGCAAAGAUGCCUUCAAGAAGACGUGGAACUCCAAGUUCACCCUCCGCUCACACUACGAUGGCAUCCGCUCCCUGGCUUUUCAUCACAGCCAAUCGGCGCUUCUCACUGCCUCUGAGGACGGCACUCUCAAGCUCUGGAACCUGCAGAAGGCAGUCACGGCCAAGAAGAAUGCCGCUCUGGACGUGGAACCGAUCCACGCCUUCCGGGGUCACAGGGGCCCUGUGCUGGCAGUGGCUGUGGGCACCAAUAGCGAAUACUGCUACAGUGGUGGCGCUGAUGCCCGAAUCCACAGCUGGAAGAUUCCAGACCUCAAUAUGGAUCCCUAUGAUGGUUACGACCCCAGUGUCUUGAGCCACGUCUUGGAGGGCCAUGGGGAUGCCGUGUGGGGCUUGGCCUUCAGUCCCACCUGCCAGCGCCUGGCCUCCUGCUCUGCUGAUGGCACCGUGCGCAUUUGGGACCCCAGCAGCAGCCCAGCUUGCCUUUGUACCUUCCCCACAGCCAGCGAACACGGGGUCCCCACUUCAGUGGCCUUCACCAGCACCGAGCCUGCCCACGUUGUGGUCUCCUUCCGCUCUGGCGACACCAUCCUGUAUGACCUAGAGGCUGGCAGUGCCCUCCUCAUGCUGGAGUCCCGAGGGAGCAGCGGCCCAAGCCAGAUCAACCAAGUGGUGAGUCACCCGAACCAGCCCCUUACCAUCACUGCCCAUGAUGACAGGGGCAUCCGCUUCCUGGACAAUCGGACAGGUAAAUCGGUGCACUCCAUGGUUGCCCACCUGGAUGCAGUCACCUGCCUAGCUGUGGACCCCAAUGGCGUGUUCCUAAUGUCAGGAAGCCAUGACUGCUCCCUGCGCCUGUGGAGCCUGGACAACAAGACCUGCGUACAGGAGAUCACAGCCCAUCGCAAGAAGCAUGAGGAGGCCAUCCAUGCUGUCGCCUGCCACCCCAGCAAGGCCCUUAUUGCCAGCGCUGGUGCCGACGCCCUGGCCAAGGUCUUCGUAUGAUACCUACCUGGCCUGCCCUGGCCACCACACUGGCUGAGGAGCAGGGCCAGGCAGAUGGGGCUGAGGUGGCUGCAGCCUCACUUGGAGGUUCGAGAUGGCCUCUCUCCACCUGCUGUGGAGCCUGGUGGUGCUAACUAAGGACCCUGUCCCAGGAACGGCCUCCUGCAGCUCUUGUCCCCAUACACUGGCCUGGGGAUGGGCCCUGCAGGAAUUGCUGCUGGGGGCCUCAAAUACCCAUUCCUGCACCAGCUGUCCUCUCACGUGCAGCUCAGCCAGGGCAGGAGUCUUCGGGGAUCAGUUUUUCCAAGAUGCCAGAAGGUGCCAGGUUCUCCCCUUGACCCCCACCCCCUGGCCUGUGGGAGCUGUGCUGGGAGGGUCUCCUGAUGCCCCUCCUCCUCGUGGAUCCUUGUAGCAGUGGGAGCCUGCUUGGCCCACCUCUUCACCUCUCCACUGCUUUCUAGACACUAACCUCCAGGGCCAAGGCUGUGCCCCCAGACUCCCAGGGUGCCCUUCCCUGAGGCUUGGGGGUAAAGUGAGAGCCCUAUGUAGCUCCCUGUAUAUCUGUAUAAAUGAAUGGGAUUUUAAUGGCACCCCUCCCCCACGUUAUCACUGUGUGAUAGUCCUCGUCUGUCCCCUCCUGGCUCCACAUUUUGCCUCUAUUUAUUUCACUCUUCAUUUGGGUCUCACCCUGUGCCCAAGCCCUUUACUGCCCUUUGAGGUUCCUGUUUAUAAGCCACCCUCUGCCCUGAACUUGUACGUGGAAACUUGUCUUAAUAAACCCUUUGGAGUAA